ACACCAAGAAAAUUCACUCGUACACACACACACACACACAUAUAUAUAUAUACACACACACGAGAACUCAACCCUUCGUUUUAGCCAAAAACUAGAGCUUUAAAUACUCUAUAAACCUUCCCCUUCGUGAGAGGAAUCCAACGAAGAAAGAAUCGUUGAAAACGAACGUCAGAGUAGGGAGAAAUCGUUCGCCGAAACUUCGCCGAACUGAAAUCAUCGCCGGAGAACGAGGGAGGAGCUGGGUCGUUAUCACCGGACCAAAACUGCCGUAGAACAUCUCCAUCGGCCAGAAGAUAUACCACCAUUGUCAUCCCCCCCCCCCUCCCCCCGUAGCCUGGUGAAUAUUUAGAGACCGAAAUUGAGGAAGAGAAUUAGGAGCAUCAGGACUUAAGGUUAUUGGACAGUUGAUUAAGUCGGUUUCAAUAGAACUUGGUGGGUUAACUGUCAAAUGAUAGAUCAAGCACGAUUACACGUCUUGUUGCUCAGCAUGGACACGUAAUGUGUCCCAGUGAAAAUGAUGAAUGUUAGAGGCCUUGCAGACUUGAAGAAGAAGAAACCCUCCAAGGGCCCGAGGGGGACGGACGCCGGUGUCCCAAAACCCGCCGAUGACUUCUUCAAAAAACCGGAGGGGCCGUCGGCGGGCCCAAGCGCUGAUGCUGCUGCUGCCGCCAAAAGGAAGAGCUCGGGCAGAGAUCCCGAGGGCAAGAAGCCCAAGACCGGGGAUACCGGGAAGAAAUCCCCCCCGGUGAUCAUUGUUGAUGAAGGCCCUGCCCCCGGGCCAGAUGAGGACAUGCAGGUGGGGAAGGUGCCGUCGGGAGUUCAGGGGCCAUCUUCCGAGGUCCUCAUGGUUUCCCUCCCGGCUGGUACGGCCGUGAUGAAUGGUACCGCCGACCCGAGGGCGCUUCUGCGAGGCAUCACCCUCGAGAUUGACAGGGUUGCCCUCGGGGCUGAUGAAGACGAAGCCCUCGAGGACAGGAUCCUCCGGUCCUCCCUUACA